AUGGUACCUCUGGCAGCAACAGGAUACGGAUCUCAAAGCAAGAAUGCUGUAUGGUUGGCUCAAUGUGAAACAGCAGCAAGACAACAUGGAUGGCAUGGAGAUACGGUUUUCAUUUGUGACAAGAAUGCUAUUGAGCAGCACCACAAGGGAUUUAAAAAUGCAUCCUCUGUUCUCACGGCUCCAUCGUUUUACGGCUAUUGA